AUGGAACACGUUCAACCUGCUGAUGCCAUCACAUUCGCGGAGUCACUACUCAUAAGCCAUGGACUUUCUGAAGAACAUGCCCAGACAAUUGCUCAAUGCCUGGUAGCAGCAGACUUGCGCGGUGUAGACACACAUGGCAUCAACCGAUUGCCUUCGUACAUUGCCAAGAUCAAGAAAGGUGCGAUUGAUGUCAAAGCCGAACCAGAGUUGAAGCAGAUCACUCCUGCUGUUGCACAGGUGGACGCCAAGAAUGCAUUUGGCUUUGUUGGUGCCAAGAUGGGCAUGGCAAAGGCGAUCGAGAUGGCUACAGUCUUCGGUAUUGGCAUGGUCUCAAUAAAGCACUCAAAUCACUUCGGCAUGUCAGCAUGGCUAGUCCAACAAGCAAUCGACGCAAACAUGCUCGCUCUAGUCUUCACAAAUUCCUCUCCUGCAUUGCCACCUUGGGGUAGCAAGUCGAAGAUCCUCGGCGUCUCGCCUAUAGCAUGUGGAGCACCAGGCGCCGAUCACCCGUUCAUCCUGGAUAUGGCACCAUCCAAUGCCGCUCGUGGAAAAGUCUACAAAGCGCUUCGAAGGAAUGAGAAGAUUCCCAAGGACUGGGCGUUGAAUGCUGCCGGCGAGCCGACUGACGAUCCGAAAGAAGCACUUGAAGGUGUGAUGCUGCCGAUGGGCGGGCCGAAAGGGUCGGGUUUGGCUAUCAUGAUGGAUGUGUUCUCUGGAGUCCUUUCUGGCUCGGCAUUUGCAGGAUGUGUGAAAGGACCUUACGAUCCAAGCUCGGAUCCGGCGGAUGUGGGCCAUUUUCUCAUGGCGAUCAAGCCUGACCUGUUCAUGACAAAGGAGGAGUUUGUGGAGAGGGCGGAAUUUUUAUACCAGAAGGUAACCACGUCGGAAAAGGCCGCUGGUGUUGACAGAAUCUAUUUCCCUGGCGAGAUCGAGCAAUUGACUGAAGAGAAAAGGAAAAAGGAGGGCAUUCCGUAUGCGGAGGGCGAGAUACAGACGCUGAAUGCCGAGGCCAGUGCUGUUGGUGUGCCAGGGUUGAAGGUCUCCAAGUAA